AUGACUGGAUUAGAAUUCCAGAUCACGUCUUCCGCAAGCACCUUCUCCUUCAUCUUCAGCUGCGACGGGGCGGAUACAACAUCUCCACUCCUGGAUAUUGACAAUAUCAGAAUGGGUCUUAGCAGCGGCAGCUGGACAGGCGGGAAUGGGACCACUGGAGGAUAUUCCAACAGCACUGGCCUUCCGACUUGGGGUAGCGCACCUGGCACCAAUCUGACCUUCAGCCCGCCUCCAGUCAACUCGAGCAGUCCGUCCGGCGAGCGACCCCCGUUCAACCUGACGGCUCCAGCCUAUACUGACAAGACAACGACGCUCGGCGAAGGUGGCGACCCGGCUGGCUACCCAGGAGCGGGGUAUACCACCACGUCUUCUCCGCCAGCUCUAUCAGCGACAGGCACCCUUGAUGCUGCUGCGCUGGCACCCAUGCCCACAUCGACAACCCCAUCGGCACCGGAGCCAACCACAACGACCGCGGAUCCGACUGUGUCUCCCGAUUCGGCACCGACAUCAACAUCAUCGGCCGCAUCGGCGGGUGCUCCAACGGUCACCGCGGUCAGGAGGCAUCGUUAUCACAGGAGGUCGGCGUAG